AUGUUGACAACAACGUUUUUGUUCUUUUUAAUUUCAUUUUCCUUUUCAGUAAAUCCAAACAACCGCGCUCAGAAAAAGGCCGAGGCUGCCUCUGCGAAAAAAGGAGAGACGAAAAAAGACAAACCAAAGAAGAGUUUAGCCAAAGAGCGCCUUGCAGAUUCGAAACGGGAAUUGACUGACGUUGCCAUGUCGUUUAGUCGAGAAGAGUUAUUUGAUAAAUCUCCUCAUGAAAUAUCGAAUGCUUAUGUUAGAUUGUAUCAAGGCAUUGGAGAGGUGUUAAGACUAAGUCAUCAGUACAAUGUGAUUGAUUCUGAAAAUCAGAAAGGUAUAGCUUAUGUAGCUCAUAUGCUUAAUCAUAUAUCUCAGCAAUCCAACAGUCAACUUGACAAAGAAAUCGUGAAGUCGAUUGUAGCUAAGAUAGCAGACCAAAAAGCUCAGACCGAUUCAAUUACCGCAAUGGCAAAUGAAAUAUCAAUGUACUCACAAAAGGCCGCUCAAAGUGUUUCACAAUUCGAAAUCAAAAUGAAAGAAACAAAGCAAGUACAAAGCACUUCAACCUUCGUGUACCUAGUCGCUUUGUCUCUUCAAGCGCUCACCGCUUACUUCGUCUAUAUUAUUAUCUUCAAAAGAAGACUUAACAUCUAG